UGCAUGCACCAAAACCAUGGGUGGCUGAUGCAGACAUGAUUAUCUGGAGGCGGAAACGGGGUGGGGCAGGUUCAGGGAAGGCUCUAUCGUCCCAUUUCCCGCUUGUAAAAUUAUUCCUCAUGUCUAACCCCAUUCCUCGCUUUUGACAAAGUGGAAUGAGGCCGGGACGAUAAUCUCCAUUAGGGAGAUAAAUUCCCCAUCUGGAAACUGUUUUUAAUUUCAUAAUUUUAUAUUUAAUUUUUUGAAUUCUUAAAUAUAAAAUUCCUGUAAACAAAUAUAUUAAUGUAAUGGUUAUUUAUGUAUUUUUCACUUAAUGGGUAAAAGGGGAAUAUAGUAAAAAAGAAAUAAAAUAAAAAGACGCGUGGCCUGUAAGAGUAAGACUAGCCUGCCACCAGACAUUGUAAAGAGUAAGACUGGCACAGACGAAUGAAAUUACUCAAAUUAGUGACUUAGGAAUCCUAAAUCAGCACGGCAAAAGAAAGACGAUGACAGUAGGCGUUGACCGUGAGGUUUUGAUUGGUGGUUCGAGGGGUGCCUGAAUCUAGAAGAAGCCGGAGACAUCUCUGCACAAGAGCUAUAAAUACGAGUUGAGCAGAAUAUUGAGGAGAUCAGAGAUAGAUUUUGUGGCGGUAGAAAUGGAGGGAGUUGGGGAAAAGAGUAAGAGCGACGACAAGAAGAAAAUGAUGGUGUGCAUAGAUGAAAGCGAGUACAGUCACCACGCCCUCAAUUGGGCUCUCGAAAAUCUUCGCGAUUCCCUCUCCAACUUCCAACUCAUCGUCUUCACUGUACAGUCCCUUUCUGAUUUCACCUAUAUCCACGCUUCCACUCUGGGCGUUGCUCCACCAGAUCUGAUUACAGCAGUCCAGGAAAGGCAAAAGAAGGUUGCAUUCGCUCUUCUGGAGCGAGCUAAGGAAAUAUGUGCUCAGUGUGGGAUUGUUGCAGAGACAAUUACAGAAGUUGGAGAUCCUAAAGAGGCUAUAUGUAAGGCAGUAGAAAAGUUGAACAUCCAGUUCCUUGUUCUAGGCAGCCAUGGUCGUGGUGCUUUUGGGAGGGCUUUUCUUGGAAGUGUUAGCAAUUACUGCAUGCAUAAUGCUAAGUGCCCAGUCCUUGUUGUGCGGAAACCGGAGUGAGACAUUCAUAUCCAUCUUCUCCGAAUGCCAUGUGAUAGUCUCUUUUGGGAAAGAAAAAAAAAUGUUUAUGUAAUUAUCAACUUCAAAUAUGUUCCUAUGAAUCACCUCUUUUCAUGUGUAUUCUUUUGAGACUGAAUUUUUAAAUGGCAUGUAAGUUGUUUUACUUUGUGAAGUGAAUAACUAUGGUCCAAGUUGAUAUCC